UCCGAGCCCCGGCCGCCGCUUGGACCAUGAGCUGCGCCGUGACAUUGCUGGCCCUCUGCCUCGCCACCCGCAUCCACGCCUUGGUCCUCGACUUCAACACCAUCAGGAGCUCGGCCGAAAUUCAACAAGCUCCCGCCCAACAGGAGCCCCAGUGCGCGUCAGAUGCUGAGUGCGGCCCCGGGCAGUUCUGCCUCUCCUCUCGGCGUGAGCAGCCCGCCUGCUCCCAGUGCAGAGGGACCCGGAAGCGAUGCCACCGAGAUGCCAUGUGCUGCGAUGGAAGCCACUGCCUGAACAAUGUGUGCACGGCAUCGGAUGCCCAGGCAGCGGAGAGGCAGUCUAAGGAGGGAGAGUCGCGCAAUACAAACGGCAGCAAGAAGCCCAAACGGCCCCACACCCAGAGAGUCAAGGAAGCACGACCAAAGAAUGAGUGGGAGAAGGUGGAAAAUCGACAGACUGGCAAAGGUCUGGAAGGGGAGACGUGCCUGAGAACUUCAGAUUGUUCCGCUGGACUGUGUUGCGCCCGUCACUUCUGGUCGAAGAUCUGCCGGCCUGUCCUGAAAGAAGGCCAGGUCUGCUCGAAACGAGGGAGGAAGGACGGCCCUCAGGGGCCAGAGAUCUUCCAGCGGUGUGCCUGCGGACCAGGCUUGGCCUGCCGCCACCAGAACGAAGACUCGUCUCAAGGCAACUCCAGGCUACGGGUCUGCCAACGCGUCUAGUGAGGGCUGAGCUCCGAAUACUUGCUGCAGCCACGUCGCAAACUGCACCAAUCACAAUAAAACCAUUAAGCAAAGCUGUUCCAAAUGAAUUGCAGGUGCUGGAAAAAUCGAAGGUACACAAAAAUGCUGGAGAAACUCAGCGGGUGAGGCAGCAUCUUUGGAGCGAAGGAAAUAGGCGCCUAUUCCUUUGCUCCAUAGAUGCUGCCUCACCCUCUGAGUUUCUCCAGCAUUUUUGUAUACCAAAUAAAUUGGUGCAUCAAAAUGUAGAUGGCUGUAGACAGUGGCCCAAUCUCGAGGAUACAUGAAAAAAAAAAACAUUCUGCUACUUGUGGACCUUCUUUGAGGAAGACCUAUGGUUGGCAUUAAUUUAAAUCUUUCAUGCUGUUAUCACCUGCAUUAUUCCACAUCUCCAGUGCUGGCAGCAUUUCUUUCUUUCCACUACUUUUGUUUGUAAUUCAAUAGUCAAAAUAGCUUUGUAGGCAAGUGUCCCAGAGAGGGAAUUAUCGAGUGCACAUCCCCUGAUACACAAACUUACAGCGACCUCUUUAUAAGCAAUGAAGCUUGGUCAAGAGUCGAGAGUGUUUUAGUGUCAUAUAUCCCAGAUAGAACGCUUAAAUUCUUACUUGCAGCAGCACAAUGAUUUAGACAUAUACUUGAAAAAGUACACUAUGGA